AACUAACGGCCUCAUUUUAAAAACACACUGUGUGUUCACUGCUGCCAGACUGCCGGCGCUGACACCCGAUCCUCUGAAAUUAUAAAUGUCUCACGAUGACGUGAGAUGAUAAACUGUUUCGCCUUAUCUUGUUUUAGUCUCAUGUCCAGGUCUUUUCAACAGGACGAAGGCGUAACCUAUAAAUGAGAAAAGAUUUUUUCAGGUAGAUGGAUCAUUUUUCCCCUCGACCUCUUUAGGGCUCAGAAACCCAAAGCUAAGCGUGAGAUUCGGCUCAACAUCGUGCACUUCCAGAGCCCUGUUGCUAGGCGCAGAGGGAGCGGCCUUUAUCUGAGGAGAACAAAAGAUUUGCUCUCUCUGAUUCGCCACCGCUGGCUCUGCAGACAGUAUAUAUAUAUAUCUUGUCACGUAUGCUUUCAAAGAUGAUAACUGGAGUCAAGAUGAGAAUACUUGAGGUGUGUCUCUUGGCAGUGCUGGGCUGCAGUCUGGCUGAAGGGGGACUUGUGUCCAAAUGUGAACUGAAGGACCAGCUGACGAAGGGGAUUGGUGAACUGCUGCAGAAGGCAGAAAAGCCCAAAGAGCGGAGUUUGGAGACCUUAGUGGCAAAGAUCGUCUGUCACGUGGAGCUGGCGUCGGGUUUUAACACCAGCGUGGUCAGUCAGCUGACUCCCGGGAUGGAAGACCCUCACGGUAGGAGGAAGAGGGACACGGGCUAUGGGGGCGUGUUCGGCCUGACGGAGCCUGUGGACCCCGAGGACCCUUUAAUCACGAUCCGGCCCCACACCCGGGAGCAACAGCACGACAGGCAGCCUCCACUGCAAACCCGCCCCACACCACCCACCCGGCCUACACCACCCACCCGGCCUACACCCCCCAACCGGUCUACAUCCCCCAACCAGCCUACAGCCCCCACCCGGCCUACAGCCCCCACCCGCCCCACCCGGUCUAAACCACUCACCAGCCUUCCACACCUGGACGAGGAGGUCUGGACGCUCUAUGGCCUUUUCCAGCUCAGCAGUCACCUGGUCUGCAGCGACGGCACGACUCCGUCACCCAACAUCUGUGGGAUGGACUGCAACAACUUGGUCGAUGACGACACACGUGACGACGUCAGCUGCGUGAUAACCAUCUUCAACCAUCUUAUUGAAAAUGGUUUCGGUUCGACCCACUGGAAGGAGUUAAGAAGAAUGAUCAGGCUCAUCUUCCAGGAAGAGUGCAGCAAUAAGGAUCCCUCUGAGUACUUCGCUGAAUGCUCAUAACCUAAAUACCUUUAGUGCCGUAACUAUCGCUGGAAGGAUUAACCUUCUCUCAAAUGAGUGGCCAGUGAUUUAAUAAAUAAUAAUAAAGUGAAGCAUGUUGCA